GCUGUUGCGGGUGACACGGAGGACAGCGUAGCACUGUGUUUUUUAUUUUGACUUUGUCGUUUUAUCGUGUCACACAGUGUACUUUCGUUAUUUGCACGGGAUACGCCUCAGUGUUUCAGUGAUCCGGUGAAUAUGUCGAGACCUCUCCCGAUGAAUCCAACUUUUCUACCUCCUCCAACUCAGGGAGUACUUAAAUCGCUCUUGGAGAAUCCUGUGAAACUACCACUUCAUCAUGAAGGAUUCGGGAAGGAGAGAGAGAAGGAGAAAAAGUUGGAGGAGGAUGGCAGCACACCCCAGUCGGCAUUCCUGGGGCCAACUCUGUGGGACAAGACUCUUCCGUACGAUGGGGACAAUUUCCAGUUGGAGUACAUGGACCUUGAGGAGUUUCUGUCGGAGAACGGCAUCCCGUCCAGCCCGUCCCAGCAUGAGACAAACCAUCAGCACCAGCAGGCUGGACUCCAGCAGGCUCCUCUGUCUGUCAUGGACCUCAGCAACAGGGCCACAACCUCCCUUCACACCAGCAUGGUCCCCCAGAACUGUGUCCACAGCCCCAGCAGACCAGGUAACUUACUACCUUCAUCACGGAACACACCCAGCCCAAUUGAUCCAGAGACCAUCCAAGUUCCGGUAGGGUAUGAACCAGACCCUGCAGACUUAGUUCUGUCCAGUGUACCGGGUCAGGAGGUGUUCGACCCCCGCAAGCGCAAAUUCUCAGAAGAGGAGUUAAAACCACAGCCUAUGAUUAAGAAGGCUCGCAAAGUCUUUGUCCCCGAUGAAAUGAAGGAUGAAAAGUACUGGGCACGGCGCAGAAAGAACAACAUGGCGGCCAAAAGGUCAAGAGACGCACGGCGGCUAAAAGAGAAUCAGAUCGCCAUUCGGGCCAGCUUCCUGGAGAAAGAGAACUCCGCCCUCCGACAGGAAGUGGCCGACCUGAGGAAAGAAUUGGGGCGCUGCAAGAAUGUUCUAGCGAAAUAUGAGGCUCACUGAGAAGGGGCUGCUGCAAAGACACCUUCUCAGGUCUUUAAGGGGUCCCUGUACAUCUCUGAGAAAAAAAAAAAAAAAAUUGAAGGACAUUUUGUCUUGGGGUUAGAUCCAUCACCUGUUUUUCUUGGCACUUUAGAGGACAGAGAAGAUAGUUGUCUACG